UCUGCAAAAUCUUAAAUAACGCCUACAAAUAUUUUUAACGCUUUAAUUCAGUCAAACUUACUUUUGUUUGCACUUCAGUUUCAUUUUAUUAAGAAGAGAAACAAGAAUACGCGCGCGCAUCUCGCCACCUCAUUGGCCAUACGCGAAAAACUAAAAAUUUAAUUAUUGCAUAUUAAUAUUCUAUUGAAGAAAUUUCAUCUAAAAGAGAAACAAAGAAAAAAAAAAGAAAAGAAAAAACAAUCCAAACAAUAUAAGCGAUAUAAAAAGAAUCAACGAUUGCUUCUUUUUCUUAAUUAAAUCUUUUGCUUUGCGAACGCUUUGCCGUCUUUUCUUUUCAAAUACGUUUUUUUCCUUUUUUUUUUCUUUUAUUCAAUUUCCUUUCGAUUUUCGCUACUCUGCGCGCUCUAUGUUUGAAAUUAUUUGCAAAAUACUUUUUGUAAAAACUACUAAAACAAUUCAAUCCAUGCGCUUUUAAAAACAAUUUCGCCUAAAAUAUUUCUUAAUAUAUCUCCGUUUAAUUUUGCGAGAGAAUAUGAAAAACUUUAUAAACAAGAAACAAUAGCAAGCAUAUUAAAAUCUUUAUCUAUUCGAAACGGAAAUACCGCCAAAAUUUUCGUGGGUGUUUAUAUGUAUGCGUAAUAUAUAAUCAGCAAACAAGUUCCCCCAUACGUAAAACGAUGAACUCUUGCAAUAUGAGCUCCAUUUGUUGAAUCAUUUUAUGUUGCACGCAUCUCUCGCGAUUUAUAAUACAUUCAACGAAAGCCAAACCAAAUACCAAGAACAGCCCGCAUCACCGUACAUUUCAAUAUUGUACAUUGUAAUGCAAAAACGUAAAUCUAAACAUUAACAAAUUGUAUAAGAGAGAAGGAAAAGAAAAAGUAAAAGCUAAAAACUUUCAGGUGAAAAAUAAGUUUAGAAAAAAACAUUCGAAAAUAAAAAAUUUACAAAAAAGAGAAAAUUUUAAAGUCAUCUCCAGCGAACAAUAAAGCGUGAUUAUCAAAGUCUACAAGUACUACAAAUUGAAAUACAAAGCUCAGCAACAAGGAAAAGAGGAAAAUAGUCGAAAACAUAUUAUCAGUGUCUUAAGUCUUGUGAGCAAGUCGAAUUUAAUCAUAGAAUUACAACAUAAUAAAAAUUUAAUUAUUUUAUCGUUAAUCGACAAGUGUUUUAUGAGUAAUAGCGCCAUGGUUGCCGUUGCUAUUUGUUGUAUUCUGGUGUUGUUGGCCGUUUUCAUUGUCAUCAUUAUUGUGGUGGGCCAAACAAUGAGUGAGCCCAAGUGAGAUAAACUUCAGCUGGGACCCGGUAAUUUCCCAGAUGGAUAACAAAGGCCUACAAACUGUUAGUCGUCGUUUUUACGUUAUGCAUCAAAACGUUUCAUAUCUCCAUGAAAAUUAAAACAAUAAACCAGCAUUAGUGCGUAGUGUUAGUUAAAUUGUUUCAAUAAAAAUGAUAAUAAAGCGAAAGAAUAACAAUAAACAUAAUAAUAAAAUAAUACAUUGCAGAAUUUAACCCAUCGUGUCAGUAUCAAAUUGGCUGUGAUGUGUAACACUAAAAUUUAAAAAAAAAAAAAACAAAAAAAAAAAAUAUAUGUAAAGCAGAAAUACUCCAGACAUUUCAUUUUAAUUUAGUUGGAAAGGAAAAAAUGCAGCAAAACAAAACAAAGAAUCAAUAAAACACACUAUAUGAACUUGGCAGAGUAGGCAUUUAAUUUAUAUUUUGAUAAAAAAAACAAAAAAAAAAUAAAUAAAUAAAUAAACAGUAAUAGUAAACACGUUUUUACAAAUAACUAUAAAACAUUUUAUAUAUCACAGAUUUCUAUAUAACCCAUGUUAUACAAAGUUUUAUAAAUGUUUAAAAGAAAAGAAAACAAAAUGAAUAAAUAAAUAAGAAAAUAUUGUUACAAACAAAGAUAUACUCCAAUGAAUGUAAUAUGACUUCUAAAAUAAAAAUUCAAAAAUUCAUUUACUUGUUAUAAAUGUUUAAGAGAAAAAUAAAAAAAAUAUGUACAAAAAAUUUUAUUAAUUGAUAUAUUAACAAAAUUCAAGUACUUUAGCAUCCGAUAGAUAAAAUCACAAAAAA